AUGACCGGAAAGUCUCCGCACGCCGAUAUCAGCGAUGAAUACACCAAUUUGCAUCCACAAAUUGGGGUAUUCACUGGUAUCCAUCAAUCAGUCCGCUUGCCGCAAAGUUGGACAGUCUUACGAGCUGGUCGACUCUGCCACUGGCAGACCUAUCAGCGUAUCUGCGUCCCAACAAGCAAGUCUAAAGUGCGAGUUAGGAUCCAAUUUGCGUGUCACCGUGUUGUAAACUAUCAAAAGCACUUCAUGAUCCUCGGGCUAUGCGAAAUUGAAUACAUUGGUGGCGCAAUGGACGUCUUUGAUGCUCCUUCGGGUGCAAAUUGA